AUGCUCGCGGACAUUUACUGCCAGCUGGCGACAAAUGAGCAACGGUUUACGAGCCGCGCAUCCUGCUCGCCGCGCUCUUUUUGUUAAUCCCGGAGGUCAAUGUACUGUCAUUCUGAUCAUUUGUAUACUCAAAGCACCGCGAACCUUGACUCACACACGUGAUCCUCGAACUGAACGCAUUUCCAUACGUGCCUUGUUUCUAUCAUCCGACUGACCACCUUUGCAUCGUUAUGAAUCAUCAAGGCACGAGAGAUAAGAUAAUAAGAGGAUGCCCAGGGACACAUACAGAUCCAUCCUGUUUGGCAGUCCAUUAUCCUGUCUCAUUCUUCUCACAGUCGUCAUGUUAUCCAUCCUCGGUCACGCUCUGCUCGCUUCCAUUCUUCUGACUGUAAUUCCAGCACAAUUCAACAUUCCGCUGCCGUUCGGCGGCAUUUCGCUCAACAAAAAUGAGAAAGGAGAGGUUUGAAACAGAAGGUUGCUCAAAAGAAACGAAGCUUUCAGUUGGAGAUCGGCGGAAUCAGAAUUUCAAUUUGUUCGGUUGGGGAGCCAAUAGGAACGUGAAACUGACGACUGGCAACGGAACGUUCAAAAUAGAUAGUAAGUGGAGAAAAAGAGAUUUGUUUGUGGGAGUGGAAUGAGUGGAGAAAUUCAAAAUGCAUUCAAGCGGGGUGCUCGUCUCGUUCUUCCCCCUCAUAAGCUCCGGAAUGAGCCAUUCAUACAUUAUUCUUUCGACGGCAAACUAUUCGGAUGCUCACAGCAUAAUAAAGAAUCGAAUAGUUUGUCAGUUGUUUUUUGUGCUUUUUCCGAGAAAGAAACCUUCUCAUCCGUGAGGAAUUCACUUUUCUAUCGAAAGAAUCGGUCCCUCUCUAGAAUUUACCUUUCAGAUACCGACGAGGCGAUUGUGAAUGGCUCGACGUACGGCGGAAGCGGUUCGUUCGGAAUCGACGAGAAGAGCGGCAUCGACAUCGGACAGAAUCUGACUCUCAACGACAAAAAGCUGGUGGUGAGGCUCUUUUCUUUUCCCCUUUUCCGUGCUCUUUCAUGCACAUAGAUUCCAACCGGAGAUUCGAUUUUGCUUUGUUUUCAGGGAGGUCCCGGCAAAGAGGUCAACUUCCUCGAAAGUCUGAUCGCCCUUCUGAAGCCGCCUCCACAGGCCGAGAGGACCGAGCUGAAGAACGUCUGA